GGAUCUCGUGGAGCGUUCUCAGGAACUACUCCUCUGCCAGCGCCAAGGAGAAGGCGGGGAGAAGUCCUGUCUGUGAGAGGACGGAGCUGCUGGAAGUGCUGAAAGCUCGAGUGAAGCAGCUCCAAGCCAGCCAUGUCCCAGAGGUGGUCAACAAAGCGGAGCUGGCCCCACUGGGGAAUGACAAGUACCAGGAUGCACUGCAGAAGGUGGUGUCUCCUGGCCCCGUGGAGGAGCAUCCCGCUGCCAGAGGAAGGGAUUGGAGCCUGGCCCAGCCCAGCAGCUGGCUUGAGAAGUUGAAGAAGGAGAUGUACGUCCGGCAGCUGAAGGUGGAGCGGAAAUUGUCCGUCGCUGCCUCCCAGCUGGCUCUGGAGGGCCAGGCCAAGGCCAAACCCAAACCAAAGGGCAAGGCCAAGGUCAACGCUAAAGCCAAGAAGAGCCUGAAGACCCCAAAGGCUACAGUGGCUGCUGCCUGGAGCCAGAGCCAUGCUGGCCCCGGCGGUGUGUACGGCCGCAGCAAGCCCAGGGUGGCAGCAGGGAAGGAGGGUGCCAAGGUGCAGAGGCGUCCGAGGGGGCUGGACGAGGACAGCAGCCAGCGCAAGGUGCUGCAGCAGACCAUCCAGUCCAACCUCGAGUGCUUCCUGUUCCUGCAGCAGCCGGAGGAGGCCGAGAGGUUCCUUCUGCUGUACCACAGCUCCCCUGCGAAGAGACGGCUUUUGAACGUCAACGCGUACAACAUCGUGAUGCGCAGCUGGGCGAGGAAGGGCCACGUGCAGCGCGUCAACCGGCUCUUCUCCAUGCUGGAGUCCGUCGGCCUCCGGCCCAGCCUGGACUCGUACGCGGCAGCGCUGGAGUGCAUGGGCCGGCGCCAGUCGCCCGCCAAAGCCAUCUGGAGAUAUGUGCAGCAGCUGAAGAAUGAUGGUUUCCGCGUGGAUGAGCUCUUCCAAAAGUGCCUGUUUGAGCAAGAUGAGAAGGAGAAAGUACUGAGGGCCAUCAGGAUUGUCCAGCCCAACUACCAGCUGCCCCCUCCACCCAAACCCCAGACCUGCAAGUCUUCUCUGCUCCGGGACUUCUACUCCAAAGAGAAGAUGGUGUCGUACCCCAAGCUGGAUUUCUCCGUGCAGGAGCUGCAGGAGCGCUUUCAGCAGCAGCUGGAGAUGGAGCUGAACAACACUGUAACCAUCGAGUCCGUGGAGUCAACGAAACCUCUGACCCCGCAAGCCAUUAAAGCGCGUAAUCUGCUGGGUGUCCUUCGUUCCCGCUGGCACGACUCCAUCCUCCAGGCCCUGCAGAAGUCGAAGCGCAGCAUGUCCAAGCUCCAGACGGUGUCAGGGUACCACAUCCUCUACCCCUACCUGUGCCUGCUGCCGGAUGAGGAGUACGUGGCCAUCAUGCUGCAGGUCCUCAACACACUCUCUCCUCAAGGAGAAUCCCUGGCUGUCCUGGCCAGGGAGCUGGGCUCCAAAGUCUACAACAGGUACGUCACCCAGAGGAAGCUGCGCAGCCGCCAGCUGGAGAAGGUGCGGGAGGUCUAUGAGGACUACAUCAACCUCCUGGCAAAGGACAGCCAGCCUGACAACUACUUGCCCCGGGAAUAUUGGGAGAAGCUGGUAGCAGAAGCAGGCUUCGGACCUUCCCUGAACUUGAAGGACUGCAGCUGGCCGUACAUGCUCCUCAUGCGCCUGGGCAUGCACAUGCUGGAAAUCCUGGUGCACGCUGUCAAGGUGCCCAGGAACAUCCUCAAUCCUCGCCUGGAGCCCAGGCUUGUCCCCGUCCUCUACCACAUCUACUCCUUCCACAGCAGCUGGCAGGUUGGGCUGCUAAAGCCCCAUCCCAUCUUCUCCCAGAUUGUGUCAGACGCUGCAGAGACCUUGCUGACCUUUAACUCCUCUGCCAUUCCUAUGCUGUGCCCUCCGCUACCCUGGACCUCCCCCCACUUCGGUGCCUUUGUCCUGAAUGACACCAAGUUGAUGCGCUUUGUGGAUGGGGCCGUCCAGCACCAGCUGCUCCUGGAGCAGUGUCCUCCGGUGAACCUCCACCCCGUGCUGGAUGCCCUAAACCAGCUGGGAAACUGCGCCUGGAAGAUUAACCAGCCAGUGCUGGAUAUCAUCAUCUCCAUCUUCAAUGACAAAGGCAAUGAGAAGCUGGACAUCCCCCCGCCCAUCUCUGAGGCGCCCAAGCCUUCUGCUGCUCCCAGCAGUUCCUCUGCUGGGAGCAAGUCCCAGAAGCAGGAGUUGUUGCUGUGCAAGAAGAAGACAGCGGAAAUGCACAGCUUGCGCAUGGACGCGCUCUAUAAGCUCUCCAUCGCCAACUACGUCAGGGACAAGGUGUUCUGGUUUCCUCACAACAUGGACUUCCGAGGCAGGACUUACCCAUGCCCACCUUAUUUCAACCACCUCGGUAACGAUGUCACCCGCGCCAUCCUGCUUUUCGCGCAGGGAAGGCCGCUGGGGCCCAAGGGCCUCGACUGGCUGAAGAUCCACCUCAUCAACCUCACGGGGCUGAAGAAGAAGAACGCCUUGCACGAGCGGCUGGAGUAUGCCAAUGAAAUCAUGGAGGAAAUCCUGGACUCAGCUGACCACCCGCUCACGGGCAGGAAGUGGUGGAUGAACACCGACGAGCCCUGGCAAGCCUUGGCAUGCUGUAUGGAGAUCGCCAAAGCUUCAAGGUCCCCGGAUCCAGCAGCCUACAUCUCUCACUUCCCAGUUCACCAGGACGGCUCUUGCAAUGGUCUGCAGCACUACGCAGCUCUCGGCCGGGACCUUAUCGGCGCCAUCUCCGUCAAUCUGAUGCCCUGCAGCGUCCCCCAGGACGUCUACAGUGCGGUGGCCCAGCAGGUGGAGGAGUUUCGGAAGAAGGAUGCUGAACAGGGGGUGAAGAUUGCCCAGGUCCUGGAAGGCUUCGUCAGCCGCAAGGUGGUGAAGCAGACGGUGAUGGAAUACUUGUGGGAAGCAUCUCACUACCUCGUAAAGCGGGUGUUCAGUGGCAUCAAGGAGAUGUUCUCAGCAACUCGAGAUAUCCAGAACUGGCUGACGGAGAGCGCCAAGCUCAUCGCCCAGUCGGGACGAACGGUGGAGUGGGUCACGCCGCUGGGUCUCCCCAUCGUGCAGCCCUACUAUCGGUCCAAGUCCACUGUGCUGAACUGCAGCAUGCAGAACUUGACUGUGAAAAGCUUCAACAGCAACCAGAAGCCUGAUACAGUGAAGCAGAAGAACGCCUUCCCACCCAACUUCAUCCACUCCCUGGACUCCACACACAUGAUGCUCACAGCUCUGCACUGCCUCAGGCAGGGUCUGACCUUCGUCUCGGUCCACGAUUGCUACUGGACUCACGCGUUCACUGUGGACGUCAUGAACCAGAUCUGUCGGCAGCAAUUUGUGGCUCUGCACAGCGAGAAGAUCCUGCAGGAUCUGUCCAAGUUCAUGCUGGAGAAGUACUGCAGCCCCGGCAAAGAGACUCGAGCCCUCUGGCAGAAGAAACUGAUGGAGCAGCUGUCAGACGUCCCCAAGACAGGUAAAUUCAACCUGAAGAAGGUGAUGAAUUCCACCUAUUUCUUCAGCUGAGCCCUGGCAGCCAGCUGAGCCCUGGACUGCCAGCUGCCUUGGAGGCUGUGGUAGGCACUGGCCCA